AUGGCGUCAAUCAAUGACCUCGCUGCGGCCGCCAUCGCCACCUCCUCUGGACAGCAGAAUGCGGCGGGACGUGGUGCGCUCAUUGUCCUAGAAGGCCUUGACAGAAGUGGCAAGACGACCCAGGUCAAGCUAUUAGAGCAGCGCUUUGUUGAAGCUGGCAAAAGGUCAAGCAAGUCCAUCAAUUCCCUACUAGCGAGCGGCACAACCGUCCUCUGCGAUCGAUAUUACUACAGUGGCGUGGUAUAUAGCGCUGCGAAGCAGAACCCUGCGCUGUCCCUCCACUGGGCGCGCGGCCCCGAGGCUCGCGAAAGAGGUGGCUGGGGCGGCGAGGUCUACGAGAAGGCGGAGAUGCAGAAGCGCGUGCGCGAUCUCUUCUGGGGCCUGAGCCUGGGAACGAUUGGAACGCCAGACGGACCUGGGGGAACCCCGCAGGAAAGGUCCGAACCCGCCGGGGUCGCGGAAACGAGGCAGUUUAGGCAGGAAGAAGAAGACCUUGUGCUCGUUGAUGCGAGCCCGUCGGUAGAAGAGGUGGCCGAGGAGAUUUGGAAGAAGGUGCCCCGCGUCGACGCCGUAGAUCGGGGAGAGGUCGGGAGGACCGUUCGGCUGGUUGCUUGA